AUGUCCGCGGUGACCAUCACCACAAAACGACGUGCUGUCGAUGGCGACGUUGGAAUCUCGACCACUGGGAACAGCCCCAGCAGUGGUAAAACUGGCACCGCUCUGUUCCUCCUCACCGGCUACAAGCCACCGCUCCUGCCGCCCCCCACCGGGCCCAAAGUGGCCCUCAAAGGAGCCGAGAUGGAGGAUGGAGAUGAGCCGCCGCCAGUCAAAGGUGCUGAGAUGCCUCCGAAGCCCCUCCCGCAGAUCAUGUUGCCGAGGAACAUGACCGCAGCCGACGCGCUGAAACCGCCGCUGGGUGCCGCCCAGGUGGCUCCGCCUCCCAAACGUCUGGUGGACGUGGAUGUGUGCAGGGGCUACUUUGACGUGAUGGGUCAGUUUGACAACACGUUCAACUGCUCUAAGGACACGUACAUCUACUGCUGUGGGACCUGCCACUACCGCUUCUGCUGCGAGCACCAGCGCAGCCGGCUGGACCAGGACUCCUGCACCAACUACAACUCGCCGGUUUGGGCCACCACCCAGGCCCCUGCCACUGCACCCGCAGGAAACCGCCACAACCCGGACUUCGAGACGCUCCAGCAGCAGAGCAGCAGCACGGCGUACGUGAUUGGAGGGGUGAUAACCUUCACGGUGGUGGUGGCUGUAGGCAUCCGGAUCGCCUUCAGCAAAGUGUCCCGUCGGCCUCGCAACCGAGACAUCAACAUGCCCAGGGCCCUGGUGGACAUCCUGCGCCACCAGUCCAGCCCGGUGCAACCAGGGGAGAGAAACAGCACCACCAUACUGACCACCACCACCUCCGAUGGACGCACCUCCAAAAACAUCUACACGCCCAUCCUGCAGAGCAAAGACAACCGAAUUGGAAACUUGCACCACCAUUUUACCCAGCAGGGGUCUGCCUCCAGCCCCAAACUCUCGGCCACCAUCGAGCGAGUUCCCCGCAUGAGCAACUCCCAGCUCCCCUCUGUGGGGAGCCUCCUGUCGGGGAGCAGCGGUGGGGGCAAACACAGCAACAGCUUCUCCUCCCGCCCCGGCCCCGGCCCCGGCCCCGGCCCCGGCCCCGGCCCCCACCCCUCCUUCUCCCACUCCUUCCACAACCUGGCCCAGCUGCCGCCGUCCUACGAGGCGGCCGUGAAACCCGAGAUCAGCCGCUACAGCUCUCUGAAGAGGCUGGAGAAAGACCUGGACGAAUACACCAACUACUACAACUCCAAGCGCCGCUCCAACAACGCCCCUCCCGCCUUCCAUUCCUCCCAGCACUACCUGCCCUGGGGUGGUGACUAUACGCUGGGCACCCGGGGCACUUUACCGCUCCAUGGCUCCCGGCCGCACCUGCACAUCCCCACCUCCACCCCCAACCCUUACCCGCUGCCCGUCAUGCCACAGACGCCGUACACCAGCUCCUCCUUCGACAGGCCCCCCCGCCGCGUGCGCUCCCAGGACCAGCUGCUUGCCUUCGGGGAAGGGAACACGCUGUCCCGCCUGUCCAAGAACCAGCAACACCAGUACUACAAAGCCAUGAUGAGCACCAGCAGAAGCUCCACCUCCCAGACGCUCCGCAGGUCCCAUGAGAGGCUCCUGGUCUCACCGGAUCGUCUAGAAGACCGCCUGAUGGGGAUGGGCCUGAUAGUCGGAGGAGGUGACAGAGGAGGAGGAGGGAUGGUGCCCCACAAUGGGCCGGCUCAGCCACCACCAGAAGACCCAGUCCAGCAGAACAUCUGCGUCACGCCGUCCAUGGACCGCCAUCAUAUCAUCAAGAUGAACUCCCAGCCCUCGUCCGGACACGACCACGACCGCGGUGCGCCAUCAGCCGCAGCCAUGGCAGGGAUGGGCGUGCACAGCGGCGGUGGCUGGGACCCCCGCGGCGGUAUUGGGGGAAAGGUGGGUGGCGGCGGGGGUGGUAUGGGAGGUCACCCCAGUACCCGCCGCAUGGCCUUUGCCACCAAACGCCAGAGCACUAUCGAACAGCUGCACUUCAUCCCUGGAGGGGGGGGGCGGGGGGAGGUGGCGGGGGAGGCGGGCAGGGACUGCGGACUGCGAGUAAGAAUGAGGUGA